CCGGCCAAAGUGAAAGCGGAAGUAGAAAUGAAAAUAGAAAGAGUCGAUUAUAGAAUUUGACAGAGAAGAAAGAACUCAUAUAAUAUUUUAUAACAAAAGAUGGCUGAAUCAAAACCCAAACUGGAUUUGAAUAAUGUUGAUAUGAGAGGGAGUAAUGAUUACGAGAACAGGAUUGACAGAUUCAGCAGGGGGAUGUCCAUCACUCGAACUUUCAAAAGGGAACCAGACAAGAGAGUGUUUGUCAACAGAAGCCUGAUGCUGGAGAAGGUCAAGUUCUUCGGCUUUGAUAUGGACUACACACUUGCAGUGUAUAAAUCACCUGAUUACGAGAAUUUAGGAUUUCAGCUGAUUAAGGAACGGCUUGUACACAUCGGAUAUCCGGAAAGCUUACUGGAGUUUGAGUAUGACCCAACAUUCCCGAUCAGAGGACUUUGGUUUGAUCAGUUAUAUGGAAACUUGCUCAAGGUCGAUCCAUUUGGAAACAUUCUUGUCUGUGUUCAUGGCUUUGAAUUUCUUAAAGGGACUGACAUCCAUGAGAUGUAUCCAAACAAGUUUGUACAGAUGGAUGAGAAUAGAUUUAGAAUUUUCAACACUUUAUACGAACUGCCAAUAAUGUACAUGUUAGCUGUUGUAGUGGAUAUGUUUAGUCACAACCCAGAAUACACAAGGAAACCUACGGGUGUGCAAUCUGGGGAUCUCACCAUGACCUAUUCUUCCAUAUACCAAGAUGUGAUAGCAGCUACAGAUUGUGUUCAUGCUAAAAAUGGACCUCUGAAGAAAGCUACAAUAGAGAAUGUAGAGAAAUAUGUACAUAAAGACAGUAGAUUACCUAUACUAUUAGACAGAAUGCGUCAUCAUGGUUCAAAAAUUUUCCUUGCAACAAACAGUGAUUAUGUAUACACAAAUGCUGUUAUGAAGUUUUUAAUGGAUGAUCCAAAUGCAAAGGCUGAUUCCAAGAGAGAUUGGGUGUCUUACUUUGAUUAUGUUGUUUGUGAUGCUAGGAAACCAUUGUUCUUUGGUGUAGGAACAAUUCUUAGACAAGUUGAUAGGGAGACUGGUGCUUUGAAGUUAGGUACACAUACGGGUGAAAUCAGAUCUGGUCAUAUCUACUCAGGAGGAUCUGUGGAAGUGUUCUCUGAGAUCAUGGGUUCCUAUGAUAAAGAAGUUCUCUAUAUUGGUGAUCACAUCUUUGGUGAUAUUCUCAAGUCUAAAAAAUUAAAGGGUUGGCGAACAUUCCUCGUGGUUCCAGAGCUGGCUCAGGAACUUCUGGUUUGGACAGAGAAACGAGCCCUCUACUCUAAACUUGAGGAUCUAGACUUCCAAAUAGGAGAACUUUACAGAAAUUUAGACAGUACAUGCGAGAAAGGACCAGAUAUUAGCAAAAUACACCAGAAAAUAAAGAAUACCACACAUGAGAUGGAUAUGUCAUAUGGUAUCAUAGGAAGUCUGUUUAGAAGUGGGAGUCGGUUCUGGGACCCUGAUGUGGAGAUUUAUGGAUCUCGGCAGACGUUUUUCGCAUCACAGGUGAUGAGAUACGCAGAUUUAUACGCAGCCUCGUUCCUCAAUCUCCUUCACUAUCCCUUCAGUUACGUGUUCAGAGCCCCUGCAAUGCUGAUGCCCCAUGAAUCAACUGUUGGACACGAAGAUGUUUUGCCACACAAUGACAUUAUUGCAUCACGAUCACGAACCAGUAAUGACAAUUCGCCUAUUCUCUCUCCAAUUGUCACGGGUAAACGACACCCGCUGGAGCGGACAGAGCCGAUAAAGGAAAGUGUGCGGAGAUACGCAGACACACCACGUCAGUUCACGCAGGUUCAGGACGAUGACAGCGACGGGUCUAAAGAUAGCGACAGAGAGGGGAAAGAAUUGACUCCACCAAAUGAAAGCCAGGAACCAGAAUCAGUGUUCACAUAGUGUAAAAAAAUGUUGAACUUAUCGAUAGAAAAAAUAAGGUUGUGUUGUUAAGAACAAAAUUUAAGAAAUUUUUAUGAAUGUAUGAACAUAACUAUAUGAUACAAUAUCAUGUCAUGGGUGAAUGGAUAGAGAAUAGGUUGCAUGUUUUUGAAUGGUAAACUAAUUCAAUUCACCAAAGAUUUUUACAAUACAAGAUUUGUUCUUUAUUGAUUACAGAAUAAUACUUUGUAGAUAGAUUGAUAGAAAUUAACACAUAAUUCAUAUAUAAGAAAUUAACAUCAUCAUUUAGUUAAUGUUAUGUGAAAUGUGUUUAUGUUGGGAACAUUAUUCUGUCAACAAUCAUAAUCAACAUUUAACUUAAUCUCAUCUUAACCAAUCAUCUGCAGUUUAAUAAUACAUCUAUAACAAGACCUUUAUAUCUUUACAAACUCUAUAAAGUAAUUCUAGUUAAGGAAUUUAUACCUGAAAUUCCUAAAACUGCUAAUUGACUCUUUCAAAUUUCAAAGCAAGGCUAGUCUAUUACACAGAAUAAGCAGGGUAAAGCUUAAAGUUUCAUUCCAUAACUCCAUGUGGAAUUUUGUAUAAAUAUAUACAGCUUACUAACUAGAUUGUUUGAUUUAUUUGCUUGUACUUGCAUAAUUAUUCAUACACUUAAAAAUGCUUUCUUUAAUUAUUAUUUCCUACAAAUAAAAGACAAUUGAUACAUCAAAGAAAGCAAAUUCCUACAAUUAAGAAAAUAAUUCUUACUUCAAAAAUAACAUAAUUUGAACACUUCAAAAAUUAUUUCCACUCUUUAAAAAUUAAUUCCAACAAAUAAAUAUUAUGUAACAAACCUAAUUUCUACUUAUAUUUAUACAUGUAUGUAUAUUACAUAAGAAUUUAUUUUUUUCAGGUAUUUUUGAAAUUCUAUGUAAUUUAAAUGAAUAUUCAUGUAACAUUACUGAUAGAACUUAAGAAAUGUACAUGUGAGGAGUAUUCCCCUUAAAAAAUAUUUUUUAUGUAAAAUUUGAGGACCAUAUAUUAAUCAAGCAAUUGAUAUAUGUAAAAGGGAAGGUUUUAACUGAGUGCAACAAUUACACAUAUUUUGUAAUAAGUAUGGAAUGCCACUAAAUGGUAUAGCACUUUUGAUGUUUUAGAUUUAAGAACAUGUAUUAUAAUAAUUUGAUCAUAUCAUAAUAAAUGUGUUCACUGUUUUAGAUUACAUUUCUAAAAAAUUUGUCUUAGCAAUAAAACAUGUCGUAAUGAAUCAUCCCUGUCAACAUAAUACGAUUAAGGACAAUAUUGAAAUUUUCUACAAGUAACAACAAUAAUAACUUGUCUAUGUAACCAUGUAAGAUUCAGGUUAACCAGCUUAUCAAUGCAUUCUGACCUUACUACUGUCAAGUUAAUUAACACCAAAACCCAUUCAAAUAAGAAUGGACUGUUCCAUAUUCCAAAAGGGGAAAGUCUAUUUAUAAGAGUUAUGGGAGGGUUAAGAUAUAUGUUAUAUGUGGUAUGUAAACUUUGUGCAAUGUGAUAUUAGAUUAUAUGUUCACAUAUCAGGAAAUACACUGCUGUUAUUGUUAAAUGUUUGCAUUUAAACCCUUAACCUGCUACAUUUCUUAAAACUUUUCCAGAUUCCGUUUUGGAGUUAUCCAGCUUCUAUUGUUAGAGCUAUCCAGCUAUUAUUUUUAGAGUUAUCCAGCUUCUUUUUUGGAGUUUUCCAGCUUUUUUUAGAGUUGUCCAGCUUCUAUUUUGGAGUUGUCCAGUCUUUUUUCUUUUUUGGUGUUGUCCAGCAUCCAUUGUUGGAGUUGUCCAACAUCCAUUGUUGGAGUUGUCCAGCUUCUUUUUUUGAAUUGUCCAGCUUUCAUUUUUGGAGUUGUGUAGCUUUCAUUAUUGGAGUUGUCCAGCUUCUAUUUUUGGAGUUGUCCAGCUUCUUUUUUUGGAGUUGUUCAGCUUCCAUUUUGGAGUUCUCAAUUGGUAUCAAGAUGAAAAUUGAAGUGAAAAUGAAGUUGGUCAGCCUACAGUAUAAAUCUUGGUCAGUCUGCACAGAUGUCUAGGCUAGUCUGAUGCUAUACUGGUGGCAAAGGCUGGUCACCUUUGGUUCUAGCAGGUUGAGGGUUAAAUGCUUACAUUAUAAGACAUUUUUGUUAUGGCUUUAUUUUUCUAUUGUUUAAGAUAAAUCAGUAUUGUUGCUGUUAGUAUGGGGCCAGUAAUUCAUUAUUUCUUAUAUCAUCACUCAGCAAGGCUUUGUGCCAUAGUGUUUGUUUCUUUGUUUCCGUUGCAGAAAUAACAAAAAUGCAGUUCAUUACUAACUAAAGCAAAACUGAACAAAUGUCUGUUUCUAGUUUUCCUUUUUAGGAUUUUUUUAUUGCUUUGGAAAACAGUACUAAUGUGAAUUACUAAGAAAAUAGCUAUAUAAACAUAUUGGUACUUUAAUUGCUGAUUAAUAAGGGAAAAGUUGAAGUACAUCUACUUUCAUGUAAAAAAAUUUUCAGGUAGGAUAUUGGAAACAGGCAUUUGUCAAAACAUGCUUUAUCCGUCAAAUGUUUGUUUUCAUUUGCAUAACAUUAUAUUUUUUUAUUCUACCUAAUUGCCAUAGCCUAACUGUAUUAUCUCCCUGCUAUAAGUUAACCAUAUGUAAUAAUAUAUCAUCCAAUAAAAUCUGCAGUUUCUUUUUAUAGAUAUCUACCUACUGAUAAUAUGUGUUAAUAACUUUUUGAAAUGAAUAUAACAUUACAUGUACCUGGUGGUCAAUUUAAGCAUAUGUACAUUGAUGUGAUUUUAAAACUAUGAUACACAAAAGAUAAAUAUAACAGAACUGUCAUGUUUUUCACAGAAUCAAUAUUUUAUUGUCUUAUUUAUACAUGGCAUACUUUUUGACCUUUUAAUUUCUGUUACACAUAAUGUUACAAAUAUGUAUAUGUUAGUUCAGCCUUGAAGUGUUCCCAUAUAAAAUCAGGAAUCUGUAUGUGGCAUUAUUUUGGUAUGAAUUAUGCUUGUUGUGUUCUUGUAUUCAAUUAUUGUUGUUUUAGUUACCUCCCUUGUUCCUAAUUGAUCAGAUUAAUUAUAUGGAUGUAUCAUGUGAUGUGGCCUGUUAACCAGUCAGAAUUUUGGUCUUGACUUGCCAAUGAAAAUGCUUUGUCCUGUGUAGCCAAUGAAAAUGCUUGUUCUUUAUUAAAUAAUAGAAAUGCUUUCUCAAUAUUAAAAAAUGAAAAUGCCCUGUACUGUGUUAGCGAAUGAAAUUGCUCAUCAGAUAUGAACCAAUAAAUAUGACUGUACUUUAUGAACCUGUGUACCAAUGAAAAUGCCUGUUCUAUAUGAACCAAUAAAAAUAUCUGUCAGAGACAUCAAAUGAAAAUGUCUGUUUUAUGCCUUUGCAUGUAUUGCUUUAGCAAUUAUGACUAAUGCUUAAAAUUGUUUCAGUGUUUAAGCUGUCAACUUCUCAGUCUUACAUAUAAUACCAGCAAUGUUAAGUACUGUACUUUGAUUUAUAAAAGCUGAAUUCAGCAAUGAAUUUUAGAAAUGUUUAAUGUACAUCAGUCUUGUAAAAGUUAUUUUGCGCAGGGUAAACAUGUAUAAAGCAUGUUACCAAACUUUGUUAAAACUUCUUAGAUGUGUUUUAAUAUAUUUGUACUAGCCAGAUAAUCAAGCCAAAAAGGUGUCAAAUUUGUUUGUUGAACUUUUCAUUUUAAAUGAUGUCACUAUUACAUAGGGUUGUUCACAUUAUAUGUUAUAUAUUAAUACAUGUGUUUUAUAAAAUCAUACAAAAUCAUACAUUAUGGGUUUAUUGCAUUGAUAACAAGGGAUCUCAAAUGGUACAUGGAAUUCUUCCUGAAUUUUUGUAUGAAUACUGGCACGAGGAAAAAAAUGAACACAAAAUUGGACAAGACUCUCAUUUUAAUGAACAUCAAAAUUAUGACAUCUGUGUGUCUGUUCUCAACUAAUUCUUUAUAACAGUUUAAUAUACCCACCACAGUAUGAGACAAACAUUUGUAACAUAAGUUAUUUCAAAGUCUAUUUUAUUUGCUACAGCAUUAAUGCGGGGAGAGAUUUAAGUGCAAGUAAAAAUUGUUGAAAUUGACCGAUACCCAUUAAAUUAUGUUGUGUGUGUGUCUGUUCUCAAUCCAUGGAUGUUAAUUUAUUAUACCCUUCCGUGUGUCUGACAAGAUUAUGUUUACUUCUUAGUUCUAGUAUUUUGAUUUUCUAUAACAUUGAAAAUAUUUUUUAAAAACUUGAGGAACUCGUCACAAUUUUAAACAGUUGGUUUCUGAGUUUCGGUAUUUUGUUGUUAGGUUACAGUUACAUAUCAUUGUAUAGAUAGAAAGAUAGCAUGGUAGAAUUUAUUUAAACUUUGCAUGAUCUUAGAAUCUAUGAUAACAGAAGGCAUUGUAAAGCAAAAAUGAAUGUGGGUCACCAAGUUGUUAUCUGCUUAUAAAUUAAAAAAAAGGAUUAACAUUGCAGAUCCAAAUUUGAUGAGAUAUUGUUUAAUAUUAUGUAGGGGAAAGAAAUUGCAAGAAAAAUUUUAAUAUCCACCCAGUUUGUAAUCUUAGCAUGAAUGUAAGCACCUUUACCGUUACCCUGACCUUAAUAAUGAUACAGUAUAACAAGGCACAGCCUAUUGGCAAUUAUGGGAACAAUAAAUUUUGUCAGUAUUUUCAUUUGAAUUCAGUUGAAUUGAGUUUUUUUUACAUCAUUGUUGUAUUGUGUAAACUUGUUCAAGAUUUUGGUGGUGGGAAAAAGGAAUAUAGCCAGUUUUAUGAUGAUGGUGAUGAUCAUGUGUAAAGUUAAAUGAUUUUUGUUAGAGGUCAUGGUUCAUUAAUUUUGAUAAAUAUACAUAUUUAUAUAGGACAUGAUAAUCGGAUAUGUAAAUAAUAAUUAAUUAUCAUUGUAGUUAUCAUUGUUGUUGUUGAUUUAGUUGUUGUUUUUUGAUGGUGUAUGAAUGUACUUUUUUUGUUAUGAGUCAAUCAUAAAUUUAUACUUGUAUUAAAAUUAUUUUUAACAUGUAUUAAUUGAUAGAGUCACAAAUAUUUGGCUGGGUGGUUAACAUGUCAGACUAGUAAUCUAAAGAUCUCUAUCCAUGUGGGUUUAAACCCCAUCAAGGGAGGGCCAUUGUUUCCUUGAGCAAGAAACAUUACACUCAUUGCUUAGUGGUGAUUGGUUCCAGGAACAGAUUUGAGAGUUUGUCUGUGAGCUUUAAGCUUCCUCACGAUCAAAUUAAAACAAAUUCUAUAUUUUAAUUAUAAUGACUUCAAAUGUUGCCAUAUAUCUGGAAUUCCAUAUUUUUAUUUACUGUUUUAAAUUAUUCAACUCUUUUUUUUUUUAGCUCACCUGUCACUUUGUGACAGGGUGAGCUUUUGUGAUCGCUUUUCGUCCGGCGUCCGUAAAUUUUUACUUUAAAUGACAUCUCCUCAUAAACCACUAAGCCAAUUUCAACCAAACUUCACAGGAAUGUUCCUUUGGUGGUCACCUUUGAAAAUUGUUCAAAGAAUUUAAUUAUACCCCCACCACAAAAUGUGGGGGGGGCUAUAAUGGAUUCGCUUUGUCGCGUCGGUCCGUCCGUCGGUCGGUCGGUCCGUCUCCAUUUUUGUGUCCGCUCUAUAACUCCUAUACCAAUUGAAGGAUUUUCUUCAAACUUGGCUCAAAUGUUCACCUCAACAAGGGGAUGUGCAGAACCCAUGUUGCCCAUGUGUCAGCUCAAGGUCAAGGUCACAAUUGAAGGUCAAAUAUCAAACAAUCAAAUAUUACACAGUAUGUCGUGUCCGCUCUGUAAGUCCUACACUAAUUGAAAGAUUUUCUUCAAACUUGGCUCAAAUGUUCACCUCAACAAGAGGAUGUGCAGAACCCAUGUAGCCCAUGUGUCAGCUGAAGGUCAAGGUCACAAUUGAAGGUCAAAUAUCAAACAAUCAAAUAUUACACAGUAUGUCGUGUCCGCUCUGUAAGUCCUACACUAAUUGAAGGAUUUUCUUCAAACUUGGCUCAAAUGUUCACCUCAACAAGGAGAUGUGCAGAACCGAUGUAACCCAUGUGUCAGCUCAAGGUCAAGGUCACAAUUGAAGGUCAAAUAUCAAACAAUCAAAUAUAACACUGUAUGUCGUGUCCGCUCUGUAAGUCCUACACUAAUUGAAAGAUUUUCUUCAAUCUUGGCUCAAAUGUUCACCUCAACAAGGGGAUGUGCAGAACCCAUGUCACCCUUUUGCCGGCUUAAGGUCAAGGUCACACUUGAAGGUCAAAAAUUGACUUAGAAAAUAUUCUUAAAUUUUAACAUUUAUUUGAAUAUUUCUGAAUCUAGAAAAGGUAUUUGCUUGAAACUUAAAAUGUAUUUGAAGUGUCACAGUUAAGAUAUGCUGGUCAAGUUUCAUAACUCUGUUCUGCAUUUUAACAAAGUUAUGCCCCCUUUUAAGUCUUCAAAUUUACAUACAAUCAAAUAUAUAACAAUAUGUUGUGUCGGCUCUAUAAAUCCGAUACUAAUGGAAGAAUUUUCUUCAAACUUUACUCAAAUGUUCACCUCAACAAGGUUAUGUGCAGAAUCCAUGUCACCUUUGUGCCUUCUAAAGGUCAAGGUCACACUUGAAGGUCAAUAAUUGACUUAGAAAAUGUUCUUAAAUUUUAACAUGUACUUGAAUAAUUCUGAAACUAGCACAGGUAUUUGCUUGAAACUUUAAGAUAUAUGAGAUGUCGCAAAUAAGAUAUGCAGGUCAAGUUUCAUUACUCUGUAUUGCAUUUUGACAAAGUUAUGCCCCUUUUUAAGUCUUCAAAUUUACAUACAAUCAAUACUAGACAGUAUUUUGUGUCCGCUCUAUAAAUUCUAUACUAAUGGAAGGAUUUUCUUCAAACUUUACUCAAAUGUUCACUCCAACUGGGUGAUGUGCAAAACCCAUGUAACCCGUGUGCCAGAUUAAGGUCAAGGCCACACUUGAAGGUCAAAAAUUGACUUAAAAAUAAAAUGUUUAGUACAAAGGGAAAAUGAAAGGUUUUUUGUAACUGUUUCGAACAUGAUUUGAUAAUAUAUUUAUACUAUUACCUGUACUGUUAGUCUUUUUUUCACCAGAGAUAAUUUCUUUUUAUGUAUUUAUGCCACACAAGUUAUUGCCUUAACCACCUUUCCAAGUCCUCUUCUGUCAAGGACAUUGGUGGGGGUAUGAAUCGCAUUCAGCGAUAGUUCUAGUUUCAUGUAGAACUCUGGUUGCCAUGGCAACCAAAAGAAAAAUCUUUAAUUAUCUUCUUCUAAAUAACCCAAAGAGCUAGAGCUUAGAUAUUUGGCAUGAAACAUCUUCUAGUGAGUGUUUACCAAGUUUGUUCAAAUAAAAGCCCUGGGGUCAAAAUUGGCCCCGCCCCAGGGGGUCAUUGAUUUUUCCUAUAUGCAUAUAGUUAAAACUUAGAAAUCUUCUUUUAAAGAACCAAAAGAGCUAGAGCUAAGAUAUUCAGCAUGGAACAUGUUCUAAUGGAUGUCUACCAAGUUUGUUCAAAUAAAAGCCCUGGGGUCAAAAUUGGUCCCGCCCAGGGGGACAUUGAUUUUCUUUAUAUGUGUAUAGCAAAAACUUAAAAAUCUUCUUCGAAAAAACCUGAAUAGCUAGAGUUUAGAUAUUAAGCAUGAAACAUCUUCUAGUAAGUGUCUACAAAGAUUGUUCAAAUAAAAGCCCUGGGGUCAAAACUGGCCCUGCCCCAGGGAUGUCAUUGUUUUUAAAUAUAUGUGUAAAGAAAAAACUUUAAAAAUCUUCUUUUAAAAAACACAACGAGCUAGACCUGAGAUGUUUAGCAUGAAAUAUCUUCUAAUGGGUGUCUACCAAGUUUGUUCAAAUAAAAGCCCUGGGGUUUAAACUGGCCCCGCUCCGGGGGGCCUAUAUACAGGUGAGCGACUUCAGGGCCAUCAUGGCCCUCUUGUUUAAACAAUAUGACUGGAAAAUAUUAAGCUUUUUUUUUUUUUUUU